GUUACUUAUAUCGAAUAGUACUAUCAGUCUCAGAGCUCGAGGUCUAAGUAGUCUCAUCACCGCUGAAACACGCCACGAAAGCGACACAAGCUUUGACGUGCGCGCACAGCUGGCCACGUUCUUUACUCCUUCCUGGUAUACCACCUGCCACCAUACAUGCUCUGUCUUUGGCGUAAAACAUACCUGGUUCUCGCAUUCUCCACAUUGGCCGCUGUAGGCGUCAGCCCGAGUUCGUUUCUCGGAGACAGUCUUAUAAGGCACAAUCCAGUUCAGAAUGUCCUUGAACACGAAUCUGUUCGAGGAGACCCACUCUGUCAGCAUUCGACAACUGGUCCGAUAGAAACUACCCUAUGUGAUUACGAGACUAUAGAGAGUGUGAAUGGGGAAUUAUAUAACGCGCUCGGUGAGUUAGUGCAGAUGCCAUUCUUUAAGUAUUUUCAGGUGGACCUCUAUCGCGAAUGUCCUUUCUGGCAAGAGAAUGGGUUCUGUAUGAAUAGGGAAUGCGGCAUCACUACUGUAGAUGAGAGUGAGAUACCAGAAAAGUGGAGAGCGGCGGCUCUGAGCAAGAUAGAAUUGCCGCCCUUAGAAGAGCGUGUCCCUCUUCCCGGAUGUUACUAUCGUGAUUCUGAUUUUUGCUUCCUCGAUGAUAUGACAGAGGGCGAAUACGUCGACCUAUCUCUGGUCCCAGAGCGUUACACGGGCUACUCAGGUCCUUCAGCGCAUCGGGUCUGGAAGUCAAUAUACGAGGAAAAUUGCUUCGGCCUCUCAGAACUGAAUCUGCUGACUGCUCGUUCUCCCGCACAAGUCACACUUCGUGACACCCUUACCGAUGUCUUGCGAGAGCCUAUUGACGGAGAGGACUUAGAUGGCGAGUGUCUCGAGAAGAGAGUGUAUUACAAAAUUAUAUCAGGCUUGCACGCAUCUAUCUCGACUCAUAUCUGCAUGGAAUACCUUAAUCAGACAACUGGAGAGAUGGGCCCGAACCUUGAGUGCUUCGUCACGCGCGUCGCCUCCCACCCUGAGAGGCUCCAAUAUAUUUAUUUUAACAAUGUGCUCCUCCUACGUGCUGUAUCACGCAUCGGCCCAUACCUACGUGACUACGACUAUUGUUCAAUGUCCAAGCCCACGCCUCACGCAGAGGUGCUCGCGGAGGACGUCCAAGAGGAAGCCAGGACACUCGCGUCUCUCAGCAAGGUUAUUGACAUUGCAGAGCACGUUGGCAAGUUUGAUGAGCGGGUGUUGUUCAGAGGCGAAAACGCGAAUGUCUUAAAAGAAGAGUUCAAAAGGCAUUUCCGGAAUGUUUCAAGGAUCAUGGACUGCGUUGGAUGUGACAAGUGCCGUUUAUGGGGCAAAGUCCAAACUACCGGACUCGCAACCGCUCUCAAAAUUCUCUUUGAGAUGGAUGAGACCGCCCUUGACCCGCACAAAAAUCAGAAUCUUCUACAGCGGUCAGAAGUCGUAGCCCUUAUUAAUACGCUGCAUCGCUUCAGCGAGAGCUUGCAGGCCGUCGAAAUCUUCCGAGAUAUGUGGAAGAAGACUGGCGAAUCCGAUGCCAACCACCUUAUCGAUGAGGCCGAAAAGGCUGUUGUUGGCAAUCCACGGAAGUCACCUCCCCGUGAAUCAACGUUACCCACGCAGGCAUCAACGCCCACAGACUUGCCUCACCGUCAUCCACCCUCUCCUUCUCCCUCUCUUCACACAGUGUCCCUGGAGACUAUACAGAGGUACCUCAGACAAUUAAUUCAGAGGUGCAAGAGACACACGUUGUCUUACUUUGGUAUCUUCUCGCAGGUAUGGCAGCAGUUACACGAUGCCAUGUUUCCAUUGCGGACAGAGCUAUGAUCUAUGUGGACUUUUUGUUUAUUCCAAUACAGUAUCACCUAAAACCAAUGAAACAAGAUAUAAUAUCUUUACCAUAAGCAACUUCACCUAUCCC